AUACAACUUUUGUAUAUGCCAAAUCAGCCUCUUCGUUGGAAUCUUUUAACCUUAUCUUUUAUAAAUAACUGUGAGAUAAUAAAACACAGACUGGUAAAAGUGUUUAAACGUCUAUAAAACAUUUUUUGCAAACAACGGCCAAUAAUAGUGACCUGAAAAGAAAUUGUUGUUUUUACAUAAAAUUGAUAAGAUACUCCCUAACUUUAUCAACUUUUACAACCUGAUUACUAUAUUAAAUAAAAUGACUAGCUAUUGUAUUUAUACUCUCUGAUGCUCAAAAAGCUGUUAGUUUUAGUUCAUACUUGGACAAAGGCUUAUAUUCCAGUACGGCACCUGGUAUAAUUUAAUUUAAUAAUUAAAUAAUUAUACAGACCUUGAAAGGGCUUCAUAUUUAUUGUCUAAAAAUAAAAAUCAGUAUGGGCGAUCCAGGCUUAAAUAGACGCGUUCUAUCCAUACAAAGUCACGUGGUACAUGGAUAUGUUGGAAAUAAAAGUGCUGCAUUUCCAUUACAGGUAUUGGGGUUUGAAGUAGAUGCUAUUAAUUCUGUGCAAUUGUCUAACCAUACCGGCUAUAGGAGCAUUAAAGGUCAGGUGCUGCAAGAGAAGGAAUUAGCUGAGCUUUUUGAAGGAUUGGAAGCCAACAAUCUGUUACAAUGCUACACGCAUUUACUAACUGGUUACACUGGCAGUGCAUCUUUUUUGAGUCGAAUUUCCAACAUUGUAUCCAAACUUCGUGAGAUAAAUCCGCAACUAAUCUACGUGUGCGAUCCUGUUAUGGGCGAUAAUGGUAAAAUGUAUGUACCUGAAGAUUUACUGCCAAUAUAUCGUGAAAAAAUUAUACCCCUUGCCGAUAUAAUAACGCCAAACCAGUACGAAGUGGAAUUACUAACAGAGAGAAAGAUUUCAAAUGAGAGCGAUGUUUGGUCAGCUGUUCAAUGGUUUCAUGAUCGUGGUAUUGAUACGGUUGUAAUAUCGAGCAGUGAGCUGGGCGAGGAAAAUGAGUUGCGUGCAUUCUUAAGCAAGAAAAAUGACAAGCGUUAUAUAUUGAAUAUACCCCGUCAAGGAAAUGGUAUAUCCUUCACAGGCACCGGUGAUCUUUUUGCUUCACUUUUCCUUGCACACAGUCAUGGAACUAAUAAUUUAGGUAGCACCCUUGAAAAGACAAUAGCUUCACUACAAGCAGUCAUAAAACGCACACUUGAUUCCAUGCCAGCUGAAGUGUUGUCCGGUAAAAGAAAAGUAACCGCACAAGAGUGUGAGCUUAAGCUAAUACAAAGUAAGAAUGUGAUCGAAAAUCCAGAGGUUGUGCUGAAAGCAAUAGAAGUUAAAAAUAAAUAAACACCAGUACACUUGAGUAAACAAAUAUUUGAACAGAAAAAAUCAUUUAAUGUCAUGAUGUUCAGUUGUCACUUUUACCAGACGCAUUUUGUAUAGCUUCGAUUGUUUCAUAUGUAUAAAUGUAUGUUAUGGUUGUGUUGUAACUUGUAUUGUUGUAAUACAUGCUUUCGAGGACAAUAAUAAAUACUUAAUAUAUCUUAUGCA